CCCCACCACCCCCCAGCUGAGGCGGGACCGCUCCCACCAAAGGGCCUCAUUAGCAUAUGUCAAGAGAACCUUCUUAAAUAGCCGGGCUCACAGCGGGGCCAGUCUGCUAGCCCGUGGGUUCGGGGAGCUGUCCGAGGACUUGGCGCGCGAUUCCAGUCAGUGCGCUCCCAGGAAGGCUAGCUGCAGACCCAGACUAGGGCCGGGGCAGGGUUCCCCCGAUGGUCGCGCUUUGUCCGCAGGAACCCUCUUCGCCUCUCGCCUCUGAGCUGGGCACCUGAGUGGUCGCUGGACUCCGGACAUCCUCCGCUCUCUGGGGCCUGGCCCCGUGCGUGAGCCGGGCUGUCUCCACUCCUUCACUCGGCACUCUCCUGCCCUGCAUCCUCCUCGGAGGCUGCUGUUGGGUUGCAGUCGGCGGCCGCGGCCGGUUCAUGGCUCCCGUGGCCGGCGCACACGCCGCCGUCGGGGGUUUCCUGGGCUCUUGGGAAGGCUUGGCCCAGCCGCCGCUGAGCGCGCCCUUCCUGCUGCCCCCGGCCGGGCAGGGCCCCAGACCGCGGGCUCCCCUGCUGGGCCCCCGAGGUGGUCCCGGGCCUGGGAUCGCCCCCGGGGCACCCGCUGACUUCGCUCACCUGCAGGGCGUCUUGCGGCGGAGGCAGCUCUACUGCCGGACCGGUUUCCACCUGCAGAUACUGCCAGACGGCCGUGUGCGCGGCACCCGACGCGACCACAGCCUCUUCGGUAUUCUGGAAUUCAUCAGCGUGGCUGUAGGACUGGUCAGUAUCAGAGGUGUGGACACUGGCCUUUACCUUGGAAUGAAUGACAAAGGAGAACUCUAUGGAUCUGAGAAACUGACUUCUGAGUGUAUCUUCAGGGAGCAAUUUGAGGAGAACUGGUAUAAUACGUAUUCAUCCAACAUACACAAACAUGGGGACUCAGGGCGAAGGUUCUUUGUGGCCCUUAACAAAGAUGGCACCCCACGCGAUGGAUCCCGGGCGAGACGUCACCAGAAGUUCACCCACUUCCUGCCUAGGCCGGUGGACCCAGAGAGGGUGCCUGAGCUCUACAGGGAUGUACUGCUGUAUAGCUGAACAGGGACUGUGGCCUCAUGGGGACAUCUUUCUCUUCAGCAUUGCUAUUUCAGUGGUCUAGAAGCCCCUGGGAACCCUGGCUUAGAGAGUAUGGAUUGGGAAGGAUGGUUCAGUGAAGAGCUUUUGUUCAUGUUGAAUUUUCCUUUGCCCAAACUUGGACUCAGGCAGAUGACACCAUUCUGGGUUGUUAAAUGCUAGUUAAUUGACAAUUGAAUAAGGCAAAAAACAGACGGACUCUGCUUGCUUGUGGGUGCCCAAUUUCCUUGGAACAUGUUUACACGAAGAGUGGGAUGAGAAAUUGUGACUGUAGAUAAUAUGGUAGAGAACAUGGGGAAAAUAGUUGUUUUGCCACAAAUCUUAUUCUUUGAGCUCCGUCUAUAGCAUAGAACUUGGACCUAUGAGAGUUGUGGAUGGAACUGAUCUCAAACAAGGCUACUAACCUAGAAAAGGAUUAUUUUGUUUGUUUUUGGAUGGACCUAUUUAUACUUUUUUCAAAUUAUGUAUAUUUAUUUUAAAUAUUUAUUUAUUAAAGAAUUUAUUUUUAAUGGGAUAUGAAGACAAUGCAAAAAAAUGCAAAAACAAGAUAUCCAUUGACCAGGAUGCCAUGUGGUUGGGUUAUAGAAUCUUGAGUUGUAAUGAUGGCUCCCUGUGCCACCCAUCAAAAAUAGCAUCAUGUCUUGAAUUUCAUUUUUUAAAAAAUAAAAAAAAAUAGAUUAGGUUAUAUUUUUGUGCACAUGCAGUUGCCUUAUUGCUGUAUUCUUCUGAAAAAUUUGGCUCUAAGGGGCCUAAAAUGCCUUACCAAUUUGUAUUGAACUCAAUGCAUAUUUGAAAGGGAAU